AGCCAAAGUUUCAAAAGAAAAAUCCAAGAAGUGCCCAAAAUAGCAAGCAAAGGAAUUGUAUAUGUGCCUAUGUUCUUUUUUUCUAGGAAGGAGAAUCUGCAACUUUAUAACUUUAUAAUUUCAACAGCGGCCUAAUUCGUUGUGAACCUAAAAGGGUGAGAAUAUUUAAAGAGUUUAUUCCAGGGCAGUGUGAGGAUGGACCAACCAGAAAACCAACUCCAAAGAAUGGGGUCAGCCUUCAGAAGUAGGGAAGUUAAGAUUUCAUUUAUUUAGGCAGAGACAGUUUUUAGCUGGAUUACUUUAUCCAUAUAAAGUUGGAACAUAAUUACAGAAUAUGUUUACAAGCAGCGAUUUUGAGAGGGGUACAACUAACAUUGUCACAGAGUUUAACAGUCAUGAGUCGCUGCCAUCUGGUGACCGUUUGAGUGUCUUUAGUCAUUGAACAGGACAAGAAAAAUAAAUCGAGUUAGAUCAAUAAUCUGAACACAAGUUUUAUGUGCUUCAUCACAUCUCUCGGUUUAAAAUGGGGUUUUUUUUGGGGGGGAGGGUCCAGCAGCUUUUAAAAUGUUAAUUUUCACACUGUGUGUUCCAAAAAUAAUUGGUUAGCCUAGGUCACUUUCACCGUCCAAUGCUGUGAAUGCAGUCUCUGUAGCAUUCGCUAUUUAAUGUCUUAUCUUCCCUGCACUAUUUGAGAAAAGGAAAUCGGGAAGUGGCCUUAAUACCGCAGUCGCUACUUGGCGGACCGGAGGGCGGAGUCGGCGUCGUACUGAGGACUGCGUAGCUUCAAGCCGAGAGCUCCUGCCAGGCCUGCGAGUCCUGUUCUGAAUUCUUACCCUUAUUUAGUCCUUGUCACCACCCCCGCCGUGGGAACAGCCCGACGGUCACUCAAAGGAAGUGGCUGCGGGCAGCUCUUGACCCGGAAUCGGAUUCUAGUCCCACCCACUCCGCUCCAGGCUUCCUUCUGCAACAGGCGUGGGUCACGCUCUCGCUCGCUCUCUUUCUGCCGCCAUCUUGAUUCCGCGUUCCCUGCACAAAAUGCCCGGCGAAGCCACAGAAACCGUCCCUGCUACAGAGCAGGAGUUGCCGCAGCCCCAGGCUGAGACAGCUGUGCUACCUAUGUCUUCAGCCUUGAGUGUCACUGCUGCCUUAGGGCAGCCUGGACCUACCUUUCCCCCUCCUUGCUCUCCCACCCUGCAACAGUGCCCUCUGUCAGCUGCUAACCAGGCUGCCCCAUUCCCUUCCCCCUCUACUAUUGCCUCGACCCCAUUUGAAGUUCCUUUUCCCCAGUCAUCCUCUGGAACAACUCUACCUUUGGGAACUUCCCCUGAAGCCCCAACCUUCCUACCAAACCUAAUAGGGCCUCCCAUCUCCCCAGCUGCCCUAGCUCUGGCCUCUCCCAUGAUAGCUCCAACUCUGAAAGGGACCCCUUCCUCUUCAGCUCCCUUAGCUCUGGUUGCCCUGGCUCCCCACUCAGUUCAGAAGAGUUCUGCUUUUCCACCUAAACUCCUUACUUCACCGCCUUCAGUGGCUGUAGCUGAGUCGGGGUCAGUGAUGCCUCUGUCAGCUCCCAUUACUCCCCCAGAACCAAAGACUAAUCUUAUUAAAGUUCCCUCUCAGGUAGUCCCUAACUUGAAAGGCAACGCCAGUCCUCCAGGUAUAGUCAGUGCUGUUCCUUACCACUGUGUGACUCCCUUGGCCUCUGUUCAGUCUGGAGUGGCCUCCUGUCCUCAGAUAACACCCACCACUACCCUAGCCAUCACUUCUCCUCAGGUCAAAGAUACCACCACUUCCUCAGCUCUGACUUCUCCACAAAACCCAGGAAGCCUCAGCCUGAAGGGGCCUGUUAGUCCGCCUGCUGCCUUAUCUCUUGCAACUCAGUCUCUUCCUUUGAUGACCUCUUCUCAAAAGACUGCGGGUCCCAACACCACCCCAGAUUUUCCCAUUUCUCUGGGCUCUCAUCUUGCACCUUUACAUCAGAGUUCUUUUGGUUCUGUCCAACCUUUAGGUCAGACAGGUUCUGGUGCUUUGUUAGACCCUACAGUAAAGACCAUUUCUACAGAUAAUUCUUCCACAGGGGCCUCUUACCCUCCUCAGAGAUCUGUAAUUCCUUCCCUUCCUUCCAGGAAUGAGGUAGUUCCUGCUACUGUGGCUGCCUUUCCAGUGGUGGCUUCAUCUGUUGACAAAGGUCCCUCUACCGUCACUAGCAUAACCUGCAGCCCUUCUGGCACCUUAAAUGUAGCUACCUCGUCUUCAUUAUCUCCUACAGCCUCUCUCAUUCUCAGAAGCUCUCCUAAUGCCACUCAUCCUUCAGUGGCCCAGAUUCCCAUUUCUUCUGUUGGAACCACCCCACUUGUGGUGACUAACCCCUGUACUAUUGCUGCAGCACCUACUACCUUUGAGGUAGCUACUUGUCUUUCUCCUCCAAUUUCCUCAGGUCCCAUAGGCAAUGUAGAACCAACUUCCCCUGAUGUGUUGGUUAUGGCACCUGUGGCUCCCAAAGAGCCUUCUGUUCAAGUCGCAACCACUCUGGGGAUACCAGUCUCUCCUCCUCUGCCAGACCUUAAAGACCUCAAAAAUCUCCCCAGUUCAGUAUUGAUUAAAUUUCCAACACAAAAAGAUCUCCAAACUGUACCUGCCUCUCCUGAAGGAGCCCCUUUCUCUCCAGCCCAGGCAGAGCUUGCCACCAAGAAAGACUCUACUGUAUUACCAUUAGCCCAUGCAGCCCAGAAAAAAUCUCCUUUUUUCCAAAGUACACCCACUUCUCCGGAGAUAUCUCUUUCUCCUGAAGCCACCCUAGCAAAGAAAAGCUUUGGAGGGCCUCUCCCUGUAGGUAAACCAGCCAGCUCUACAACCUCUCCCCUGGGUGUUAAAUCCCCGGCCUCUGUAAUCAAGACAGAUUCUUAUGCAGGCCCAGACUCUGCUGGUCUGCUUCCCAAAAGCUCUCUCACUACCCCAGCAGUGGCUGCAUUUCCUUUGGAAAGUGCCAAACCUGCUGGGGUAGCUCCCACAAUUGCCAAAGGUACCUCAACUUAUACAACUACGGCCAGCCCUUUUCUAGAAGGAACUGUCUCUUUAGCGCCUAAAAACCACCCAGCUAAGGAAGGUACUUCCACUCUUACUACUUUACCCUUGGUUGCUACAGCCUCAGAAAAUUACCCUGUGUCUCUAUCCCCCCAGAAUACCUCUGCUUCUCUGACUACCUUAGUGCUGGCCCCUGAAAUUCCCAAGUCUGUGCCCUCACCCUGUCUUCCCCCAGCUGGGACUCCUCCAGGUACAAAAAAGGUUGAUGGUAUUUCUCAUACUUCAGCACUGGCACCUGUUGCUUUGUCUCCUAAAGGGUGCCCAACUGAGGACUCUGGUGCCUCUGCUACUGCAUCUUCCAAAGGAACUCUGACUUACCUAGCUGACUCCCCAUCUCCUUUAGGGGUUAGUGUGUCUCCUCAGACUAAAAGACCUCCAACCAAGAAGGGUUCUGCUGGCCCUGAUACUCCUGUUGGAAAUCUCUCAUCCCCUGUUCCUCCAAUUGAAGCUUUACUUCUUCCAGAGAACAGUCUUUCUUUUCAAGGCUCUAAAGACUCACCAAACACAAAGCAUUGUCCCACUCCUCCAUCCCCCAAAGGGGCCCCUACUCCCUCAGCUGUGACUCCUCUGUCUCCCAAAGGAGUAGCACAAUCCCCCAAAGAGACUCCCAUUCCUUCAGCUGUGAAUCCACCCUCCCCGAGAGAGGGCCCAGCUACCCCAGCCCCCAAACAGGCCCCUGCUCUAUCUAUGACUUCUUCCUCCCCCAAAAAGGCCACAGCAACUCCAGCCCCCAAAGGAGGCUCAGCUACCCCAUCCCCCAAAGGAAGCCCGGCUACACACCCCAAAGGGGUACCCACUCCCCCAGCUAAAACUCCCUCCCCUAAAGGAGGCCCAACUACUCCAUCCUCCAAAGAGGACCCCACUCACCCAGCUUCAACUUCCUCCCCCAAAGAGGCCCAGCUACCCCAUCCAAAGGAGAUUCCACUCCCCCAGCAGUGACUCCUGUUUCCCCC